UACUUCUACACGCGCGAUAUAUGCAAAAUAACACAUUCAAGCCAACUACUAACGUCCUUUCUUCUUCCAACCAAACACUUCUUCGGGGCAUCGCCUACCAUGUUUUGAAGUUACUAUAACUUGACCUUUUUUUACCUGCUAUAGCAGGUUUUAUAGGUCGCGUUACGUAAAACUAAUGUUUAUUACGUAACAGUUACGUAAUGCUUGUUAGUCUUACGUAACAGUUAAACUAGAAGCGUUACGGAAGGUUUCCGUAACGACUUAUCAUUUUAUGUAACGCUAGGUUAAUAUUCAUUACGUAAAAGCAUCGUCUAUUACAUAAGGCUUAUGUAAUGACAUUUUACAACUGUUACAUAAAAUACACGCUCAUUACGUAAUUUUUACGUAACGAAUGUUAUUCCUUACGUAAUAGUUAAACUAGAAGUGUUACAUAAGACUUCCGUAAUUACUUACCACAUUACGUAACUUGAUUAAUAUUCAUUACGUAAAAGGACCAUCCAUUACGUAAGGCUUCCGUAAUGCCACUUUACAACUGUUACGUAAAGUAUACAUCUAUUACGUAAAGGUUACGUAACGAUAGUUAUUUCUUACGUAACAGUUAAAUUAGAAGCGUUACGUAAGUUUUUUUCGUAAUGGUUUAACAGAUUACGCAAAGAAAGGUUGAUAUUCAUUACGUAAAAUGAGUGUCUAUUACGUAAAGUUUCCGUAAUGACAUUUUUCAACUAUUACGUAAGAUAAACACACAUUACAUAACCAUUACGUAAUGCCUAUUGUAUUUUACGUAAUGCGACUUGUGAAACCUGUUAUAGCAGGUCAAAAACAUCAAGUUACAAAAACUUUAAGGUAUCAGUAGGAAUUUCCCGCUUCUUUUUAUGGCAACUCAACUUUCUUUAAUUGAGUAUUUCUCCCAAGUUUCUGCCAGGAUAUACAUGAACUACUUACCGACUAAUCAUUAUAUGUUUCUUAGUGUUAAAUAUUACAAGGUUAAAUAAGGCUCCAAUGUUUAGAAUAUUAUUAUUUCCUCGAUUCUUUUGAGUGAAUUAUUAUUUUAUCAAUUUGAAAUUUGUUUCAAUAAUUUAGUUUUCACAAUUUUAUAAUUCAUAAGAAUGCGAUAAGAUGAAAAAAAAUAUUAUAUUCAAUUGAUACCCAUCCAAACUUAAUUAAAUUGGGUAUGGUAAAAUCUGAACUAAAUAUUUGCAUAAGACUAACUCCAACCCAAAAGGCUAUAUUUAGCCUCCCAAACUCUCAAAUGUGCAUUUUUGCCUCCCCAAAACACUUUUUUGCUCCAACCCUAUAGGCUUCCAAAUUUAGCUCCCCACAUCUUUUUUUGAUUUAAUUUCCAUAAUCCAUACUUAUUUACAAUAUCAUUCUUGUAAUUCACUUUAAUUUUUUAUAGUUUGUUAUUACUUGCGAAAACAAAAUUUUCGAUGUAAUUUUUUUUAAUUCCGAGAUUUUUUUUUUUGCAAAAUUAGUCAUUUUUUGUAGCCGUUACUUUAUGACCGUUUUUUUGGACCAAUCCAAAUAUGACCGUUUUUUUUAGCCGUUACUUUAUGACCGUUUUUUGUCGUUUUGUGCAUCAUAUGUGUUUAUAAAUUACAAUUCUUCAUUUUUCAUCAACUCACUGAAACUUCUUCCCAUUUCUAAAACAAACACAUUCAUCAUGAGUAUGUCAGAUAGCUCAUCGUCGAGAGGAGAAGAAGAAAUCGAAGAGUACGAGAGGUUUCACCACCUACGGUUGAGUUUAAUCGGCCGGAGGCUGGCUGAAGGUUCAUCAAGUCGACGUCAAACUACAAGUCGACGUCACAUUGAUCGUGAAAGGGUCGAAUGUAAUCACCGUCUUAUGAGGGAUUACUUCGAUCCAAAUCCAGUAUACAAUGCUCGCAUAUUUAGAAGGCGCUAUCGGAUGCAACCAAGAUUCUUCCAUCGCAUUAUGGGCGACAUUGUGAGGUCUGACCCCUCAUUUGCUCUAAGGCGUGAUAGAUUGGGUCAAUUAUCAUUAUCUCCAGAGCAGAAGCUUACUGGUGCGAUGCGCAUGCUAGCAUAUGGUUCUCCAACUGAUCAACUUGACGAGUAUGUUCGUAUGGGUGAGAGCACUUUGAUGGAGGUCUUCAGAAAGUUAUGCAACAACAUUAUCAACAUGUAUGGGGCCACAUAUCUUCGCGCACCUACUCCUGCCGAUUUAAGGAUCUUACUCAGUAAAGCCUCAAGACGUGGCUUUCCUGGAAUGAUUGGAUCAAUUGACUGUAUGCAUUGGGAAUGGAGGAAUUGUCCAAGUGGCUGGACAGCACGAAAGGCGUAGCUCCCUCGUCUGGUAUGUCGUCGAGGCCUUCCACAGGGGAGGAUUGAGAACCAAUACCUAUGGGAGAACUUUGAGAACCUUGACCCAUAGGUGGAAUUGGACCGACAACCAAUUGAGGGUCACAAUACCACUUUGGGCAAUUUCGAAGGAUGACCCAACAAUGCUCAUGUUCAAAGGCUUUGUCCCCAUUCUCUUCCUUAUAUAUCGAUCUUGCUACAAAUUCCUAUCAAAAUUAUUAAUACACAAGUUAGAUAAGUAAAUAUACAUAAAAAUAAGAAAUACAAAAGUUAAAGUUUCCAAAACAAUACCACAUCAACUUGGUUGGUACCACUCGUUUGACUCCUCUCCACCCUCUGCAAAGCUCCCUUCCAAACUUUACACUUGUUACUGAUAAGUCUCAGUCGGGAUUCCAUUGAAUCCGUAGUACGAAUUGUUGUAGGAUCGCUUCUUCGAAAUUCCCUCUCCACCCUUUCCCAUAGUCUCGUGCUCUUUUGAUUGAUGCCAACCGCUCCAUCUUCAGAUAUUGAUAUCCAAGAUUUGCACAAGUUUACAUCUUCAUGAACUUUCCAAUUGGGUCCUCUCUUACUUGACAUGUUUUUGUUUUGAGAGAUGAUAAAUAGAUGAGAAUGAGAGAAAUUGAUUUGAGAAUGAGUGCAAAAAAACCAUGAGAAGUUACUCAUUAUAUAGAAAAAAAAAAUGACCGUUUUAUGUCCGUUAAAAUGUGUCCGUUGCAAUGUGACCGUUUUAUUGUCACUAUAUUAUUUCUAUCAAACUAAAACGCAAACACACUCACACAAAUAACCACUCAAAAAAAUUGGGGAAAAAAAAGACAACAACAGAUUAGUGGGGACUCCGCGUGCAGGCGAAGGCCACUCGCGCGCGUGCGGCCCAGGCGCGCCUCCGCGGGUGGCCUUCGCCUGCACGCAGUGUCCCCCCUUCCAGCUGCUAUUUUUGCCAUUUUCUCCAUCUAAGCUGCUACCUAUCCACCCCAACCACUCACUUUUCCAAAUUUGCAAGCUAUAUUAUUGGUGGGUUGGAGAUGAAAAAAGGCAAAAAGUUCACUUUCUCCAAAUUUGCAAGCAUGGUUGGAGACGGUCUAAACUGAACAAAGCAAUCAAUCGCUGUAUUAUUCAAAUAUUAAAAAAAAUAACAAUUUUGAA